AUGCCGUUCUUCUGGCAGAAGACCGCAGACGCGGUCCGCCACGCGAGUGACGAUCUGCUGGCCGUCGACGAGAAGCUAGUUGGGCAACCCAUGCACAACCCACGCCUCACCGACGAAGAGAUCGAAGAGGCACAUAUUAUCCACAACCUCGUCGAACUCCACCUUAUCGACCCUGGUGAAGAAGAGAGCUUCCUGCACAGGAAGGACCGCCAGGCUGGAUUGGCGCCUGAAUUGCGCCUACUUGUUCGCAAGCCUGCGGGCAGUGUGUGGACUUCGUUGCUCCAUUUUGUUGCCGUCCUACUUGCGGUUACGGGGAGACGGUUCUUGUACCAGGCGAAGGAGCUGUUGGAGGUGGAUAAACUUGGUCACUAUGCGGAGAUUCGAUACAGCCGCUUCUGGUGGAACGGAGCCGCAGAUGUACUCCCUCUGCUCGUAGUCCCAGUGGUAUGGCUUGUCAUGCAAUUCCUCGUUCGCGUAGGCCAACACAGCAUCGCGCCAAUGUUUAGCAACAUCUACGAAAUCACCAUGAUCGUGCUGCUCAUAUACUUCCCAACCGUCCCGAUCGCUAUGAGGAUGGAUAUAUGUGGCAGGAGGUUCUAG